CGCGCCCCGGAACGGUUCGUGACGUCACGUCCGUCGCGGUGACCUUGCGGAAGCGACGGAAUGAAUGGCGGCGUGGGCCACGCGUGACAGCUGCAGGCCUCUCUCCGCGCCACGCUCUCCGAGGCCGUCACGUCGCGCCUCCUCGUAGCGAGGACCCGUCGCCGCGAUGCGGUCCGCGGCGCUCGUCCGCCGGCUCACGGUGUCAAGGGCCCCCCACGCGGACUUCGCCUCCCUGCCCAGACAUCGGAGCCCCGCGUGCCUCACUCGGAGCCCCGCGUCUGCCGCCCUCUGGGUCGCCGCGUCCCCGCAGUCGCGGCUCCUCGCACGCGGCCGCUUGAGCUGCGCGGCACUGCACAGCGCGCCCGGCCGAGACCCCCAGCAGCGGAAAGUCGACCCCCUGCAAGAGGACAAGGGCGACCCCCUGCAAGAGGACAAGGGCGAUGCCCAGCGCGGCGCUGACCCCCUGCGAGCCAAGGCGUUGGAAGCCGAGGGUAACCCGCAGCCCGCCUCGGAGGAGACCGACCCUCUGCAGGACCGCUCCAUGGGCCUCAUAUCACGCUUCAAGAGAACCUUGAAGCAGUACGGCAAAGUGAUGAUCCCUGUCCACCUCGUCACCUCCGCCGUCUGGUUCGGAUCCUUCUACUACGCGGCCAUGAGGGGAGUGAACGUACUGCCUAUGCUGGAGGCCCUGGGAUUUCCUGAGAAGUUCAUCAAGCUCCUGCACAGCUCGCAGGGAGGCAACUUGCUCACAGCCUACGCACUCUACAAGAUCGCUACGCCGGCGCGCUACACGGUGACGUUGGGUGGCACCUCCUACACCGUCAAGUACCUGCGCAAGCGUGGCAUCCUCAACACUCCACCGCCACCCAAUGUCAAGCAGUUCCUGCAGGACAAGAUGGACGAGACUCGCGAGAAGAUAUCGGAGAAAGUGAGCGACACGCGGGAGAAGAUAUCUGAGAAAGUGAGCGACACUCGCGAGAAGAUAUCUGAGAAAGUGAGCGACACGCGUGAGAAGAUAUCUGAGAAAGUGAGCGACACGCGCGAGAAGAUAUCGGAAAAGGUGCAGGAUACGAAGAACAGAGUUGCUGGAAAGAAGUGAGGCAGUGGUUGCUGGCCACACACACAAGCAGCAUCCGAGACAAGCGGCAGGAGCUAUAGCAGCAGGAGCUAUAGCAGCAGUACUGAACCAGCGAAUGCUAGGAAAUUCACUUGAAUAUGCAACUGUAAAAGUAUCCAUGCUGUCCAUGUGGUGAAUCGCACUAACCAUGACCUGUUAUGGAUUAAAAAUCAUUGCUUUAAAUGAAACUGGCACUUAAAAGGCCGAGUUUGUGUAAUGUAUGUGAAUGAAUAAAUAUGAAGUUGAAUGAGAAAA